UCUCAACUGAUCUUCAACGUCACAAAGGCGCCCAGGCAAGUAUGCUACGUUGUAUUUGCACCCCACUGCCACUGAAUUCGACCUCUAUGUCUGGCCAGGAUGCUGAAUUCCACUGAGGGCGACCAGUGAAUUCCCAUUGAGAUGGCCCAACGGGGCGAGCUCAUCUCAUUGGGGGCAUUUGAGCUCUUUGGGAGCGCUGUUCUGGGCCCAAGUGACAGCGACCAGCGCACCAGUCGGCCCCAAGAUGCUGCUGGAAGUGGACAUCCGAGCUCCUACUUGCUCUCAGAGGUUAAGAAACGCAGCGCAAUUGGGGGUGACUUUUUGCCAAGCCACGAAUCAGAGGUUUACGUCAAAGGCAAUCGAGUUAUCUGGAGUGCGGGCCGCCACAUCAGGAAGCGCUUUACUGCACCUGGCAGCGUCCGCCAGGCCGCCUGGUGCCUGCUAGCUGGAGAUGAUGAGCCCGUGCUGGCACUGCUACUGGCUGACUGUAUCAUCACUUACUCAUCCUCCGGGGCCACGUACACCAUCCCCUUCAACUUCGAGCCAGCCGCCAUCUGGCCAAUUCCGUAUGGUCUCCUGGUGCAAGUAUCCUCAGACCAAGCCCCGGACACAUACAGUAGGGGUGCAUCCGUUGGGCCGAGUUGGGGCGCUUCGACCAGUGGAGCGUCUGGAGGCUCGGCGACUCUCCUGUCGAUGCUGCACCCGCUGGAAGAUUUGCAAGGGGUACACGUCAGGGCUGGUACGGGAUCAGACGCAGUCUUCGCCGACCCCCACGAAACGGUCUUAUGGAGCAGCAGCACGGUGCCUUACAUAGUCACGCACCAUGCGGUCAACCAGCGCCACAGCAUCUGGAAAGUCCACCCCCCCGCCCCAGUCCCCUCACAACACCCCCACACUUCCUCCCCACUCUCGACUCCCCCUCCAAGCUCGUCUCGAGACUCAACCACCCCGGCCUACCUUAUCCCCAUCGAAGAUCCCCCUGUAACUAGCUUGACCCGAAUUUGGACCCAGACCUCAAAUGGAAAGCGGGCCGCCAAAGCCCUGUAUGCUCACGACGAAGAGGGGACGAGGCUGCUUUGUCUUUUGAUUCGGGAAACGAGCAGCCUGGUUCUGCUGCGGGUGGCCGAAACGGACGCUGAGAAAGAGGGCCCAUUUGGAUCGGACGGUGGGGAUGGAGGGGCGUCCGUUUCCGUUGCGGGCGUGCUGCCAGCCGUGGCGGCAGAGGCGGUGGAAGGGUCGCGGAAGCAGUUGGCCGAGGCGCAAGGCAGAGUGCUCGACCUGCUUCUACUCACCCGUGACGGAUCGCUUAUGCUCCACAUGGGCGCAUAUGCCGUCUGCCAGCUGUCCCCCCCGAGCCCGACCAGCGCCCCUCCCCCUCUUCCGGCCCCUUCCAUCGCACUCCGCAGCUCAGACGGAAACGCCGCCGACCGGCCACCCGAAAUCAGCGUGCGUUCUUCGGCCUCUCGGGGGGGCCGCGGGCGGUCAGGUGCGCCUGCCAGAAAAGCCAAGGAGACCGUGGUGACGCCACCUGUGACAUCAGCGGCCCCGAAAGUUGCGGACCUGAGGGACGCGGUUGGGAACAGGGUUAACCUUGUGUUUGCGGACGGGUUAGUGCUUCGAACGGCGGUCAGAGCGGCUCCGGAAUCACCGCUCGUGGCUGCGUGCCUCACGACCCUAGCUCUAGUUCUCCCACUGGACUUGCGGUGGGCUUUUGUCAGCCGCCUGCUGGGGGGGCCUUCUGAGCCAUCCCCGGAAUCCCUUGGGGAAGCGGAAUGGGGAGCGUUUGCAGGCCUGGUUCGAGGCUGGGUUACGGGCGUGGUUGCGUUGACACCGGGGGCCAAGUCGGGCCAGAAGGAGGCGAAAAGUGUCAAGUCGGUUAAGAAGGGGGCGGAAAGCAGGAGAAAAGCUGGCGGAGUGUCGGAAGGGAGCACGUUGUCCCGGAGAUCGUCGGACGACGAAGCGCAGAGCGACUGGGAGUUGUUGCUGCAGAGCGAUUUGUACAGAGCGACUCUGGAGGGGGGCUCGUACGAGGCGUUGGAGCUUCCGCUGCAGAUUCACGGCGAGGAAACGUCGAGAUCGCCGGCCACCCCCUUGGCUGCCGAGCCGUUCCCCAGUGUUGGUAGCCCGGACGCUGACCUGGCAGUGGUCCGCCGCGCCGUCGAGGCUCUUCAUCUAGUCUAUGAGGACCUCAAGCUGGACACUCUCAAGUGGAGGAGCCUGUUCCCGCUCGCUUCCCUCUUGCACUCUCUCGCCGGCAGCCUCUCCCUCGUCGACUACCAAGACUACUACUCCCGCGAGUGGAGUUCUCUACCCAGCCCGGAACCGGCGUCGCCUACGUCUGUUCUGGACUCCACGUUUUUGCCCCUGGAUCUGCACGGCCUGUUGCGGGACAUGCUGGCGCAGCCACGUGGCAGUGAGGAUUGUGUUCACACUGUGGGAGAAGCCUCGGGGUCGGGGCAGGCGGGGCCUUUUGGCACAGUGCUCCCCGACCUUUUAAGGUCCUCCGCCGCCUCCCCCCUCAGCCGCUCCCGUCAGAUCCUCGCACUGUACGACAUCCUAGUGUCCGAAAAGAGCCUCCGGAACGUGCACGGCGCCGGUCAGAGCCCCGCGUUCCAGAUCCCCGUGAAGGUGACACGUGGCACAGCCAGGAGCGCCGCGCACUCGGUCGUCCUCGUGAUGGUCGCCGAGGGCAUAGCGCUGUCCGAUUUGGACACACUGCCGUCCGGAGUGGCACUGCCCAUCCGACACGCCCUAUACGCUUGCCGAGAAGCCCCCCCGCCCGACUGGCCCGCCCCCGCCUUCGACCUCAUUGGCCGGGAAGACCUUGCGACCGCCCGCCUUGGCACCCCCUCCUCCGACACGCCUCUUUUGACCCCCCCAUACGCACACCACUUGCGCCCUAUCGAGCCACUCGAAUCGGACGAAGCUUUCGAGGGCUCGGGAGAUCCCCCCGGGGACGGGAUGGAGCCCGCCGCAGGCGCGCGGGCGCGUGCGCGCUUCCGUGCCGACCUGCGUCUCGACGAGGUCCGGCGGCUGCUAGGGUCCGCCCAACCGGUCGCGGUUAGGGUAACCGGGGGUCCUGAGUUAGCUGACCCGGAUCUGGUGGCUCACCAGCAGACUCUGCUUUGGCAGCUUGCGCAACGCACCACGGCACUCCCAGCUGGCAGGGGCGCGUUCACACUGGCAUCCGCGGGGCCCAUUCUCACCGAGGCGCUGCCCGUGCCAAAGCUGGUGCUGGCGGGGCGGCUGCCAACUCAGCAGAACGCGACGGUGAACCUUGAUGUCAGCGCGGGGCAGAGCCUGACGGAUCUAACCACAUGGCCCGAGUUCCACAACGGAGUCGCCGCGGGGCUGCGCCUUGCACCUGGGCAGGCCAAGAUCACGCGCACGUGGAUCUCGUACAACACCCCCGAGACCCCGACCCCCUCCCACGCCGGCGUGCUCCUCGCGCUCGGCCUGGCGGGCCACCUGCGCAUCCUCGCCGCCACCGACAUCUACCGCUACCUCGCGCAAGAGCAUGACGUCACCACCGUUGGCGUGCUCCUCGGAAUGGCGGCAGCGCACCGCGGCACGCUCAAUCCGGUCAUCUCCAAAAUGCUGUACCUGCACAUCCCCGCGCGGCACCCCCCCUCGUUUCCGGAGCUGGAACUACCCCCCCUCGUGCAGUCGGCGGCGCUCAUGGCGGUUGGGUUGCUGUACCAGGGGUCGGCGCACCGGCUAACGACGGAGAUCCUAUUAGCAGAAAUUGGGCGCAAGCCUGGAAUUGACGCAGCUGUCGACCGCGAGGGUUACGCCCUGUCCGCGGGGUUAGCGCUCGGGUUAGUCUGCUUGGGACGGGGUAACGAGGCGGUCGGGUUAGCGGACCUCCACAUCGAGGACCGGUUGCACCAUUACCUGGCCGGGGGAAGCGAGCGAAGCACGCGCUCGCGGGCGCGCGAGCUAGCGCUCGGGAUGCCCAAACCGGACGAGUUUGAGGCGACCGGGGAACAGAUUCUGGAGGGCGAUAUGGUAAAUGUUGACGUCACUGCGCCGGGCGCGACGCUCGCGCUCGCGCUGAUGUUCCUCAAAACGAACAACACGACGGUGGCUGCCCGGUUGAAGAUCCCGGACACGCACUUCGACUUGGAGUACGUACGUCCGGACUUUAUUUUGUUACGAGUGCUCGCGAGGAGUUUAAUCCUGUGGGACGGGGUCGCCCCGACCGAAGCCUGGGUCGCGGCGCAGGUUCCGGCUAUCAUCAAACGGAACGUGGAACGGAAAGGCAGGUUCGCGACGAUCGAGGAAGAGAGCGACGAGAAGGAGGGGGAGGUGGAUACGGAGGCGCUCGCCCAAGCCCACGUGAACAUCCUGGCGGGGGCGUGUUUUGCAAUCGGACUGCGGUUUGCGGGGACAGGGAACGAGGAUGCGCGCGCGAUUCUGUACAAAUAUGCGAUGCAGUUUGUGGCGCAGAAGCGGGGCGCGCCCGCGGUUUCGUCUGGCGACAGCAAGCGGGUCGACAAGGGCACGCUCGAAACGUGCCUGAACGUGGCCGCCCUUUCCUUGAGCGUGGUCAUGGCGGGAACCGGGCACCUGCCAACGCUGCGUUUGCUGCGCCACCUGCGACGAAGGAUGCCCGGGGAAGGCGAGGUCUCGCACGGAAACCACAUGGCGAUCAGCAUGGCCCUCGGGUUCCUCUUCAUGGGCGGCGGCGCGAGGACGUUUGCAACGAGCAACGAGGCGACCGCGGCACUCGUGAUCGCGCUCUACCCGCGCUUCCCGCAGGCGCCAAAUGACCACCGGUGUCACCUGCAGGCGUUCCGCCACCUGUACGUGCUCGCCACCGAGGACCGCUGCGUGGAGGCCGUGGAUGUCGACACGAACCAGCCGGUGUUUGUCCCGCUGGAAAUCACCGUCGCCGAGGGCGGGGCCCGUGCCGAGACGACGUACACGCGAGUGACGCCCUGCCUGCUGCCAGAGCGCGCGCACCUCAAGCGGGUUAGGGUUUGCGGUCCCAGGUACUGGCCCCACGUGAUCGACCUCCAAUCCGAGGCUGCCACGUCAUCCCGGCGCCAGUCCGCUUUGGACCUCAACAUUCCCCCCCACCCCGACCUCUCCGAUCAGGACCGGCGCUCUCUUGGCCUCGGUUUAGGCACGGUCGCAGAGGGGCUGGUUGCCGCAAAAGCCGCCCGCCUGCACCCGAGCACGCCCGGGGGGGGCAGCGGCGGUGGAACCCCGAGGGUUACGCGUAAUCGGGACGAGGGUUCCGCGGGGUUAAGGCGGUCACGUGACGAGGACCCGGACCUGGCCGCGAUCGAUGGGCGGAUGCGGACGCUGUACGUGAAGCGCAGGGCUGCGGGCGCAGGGACGGGGAUGGUGACGUCAUCAGCGGGGUCGCAUAGGCGUGCGCUGACGAUGUCAGCGGCUGGAGGAGAGGCCGACGCCCAGAACGACCCCGCGGCCGCCUUUUCGGCGGACCCCAGCAUGCUCGCCUUUGCGGACCACUUCUGUACGUCCGCGCCCUCUGAUCCGGACGCCCGCGCCUUUGCCGCCUUCUGCUGCGAAACCCUUGACGAGUGCAUGACGUCAGAGAAGCCGGCCGCCGUUCAAGCUUACGUGGAUCUGUACACGUCAGUGCAUCGAACUGCAAAAGGGCUCGCAGAGGGGGAAGCGGUGGAUGGGCGGGAUUGCCUGGCUGUGGCGAAUCUGAAGGUUGCCUUGGGGUACUGUUCCCGCUUCGACCACUCAGAGGACCCCCCCAGCAUUCACACCGCGCCACUCCUCCGCCCCUCUUUCCUCGCCACCCUCCAUAAGCGCGUCGAAAUGGCGCUCGAAACCGCGGACCUGGAGGGCCCGGAAUCGCCACUCGCCGCUUACCUAAACCCCCAAACCCCGAGCCUCUCCGGUCGGCCCCACCAAAAAGCUGCGCUGGGUUUGUAUCUUUCUUUUCAUGAUUUCCCGACUGCUGGGCGGAUCGCUCAAGCUCGAAAAGAGUUGAGCCGAUUCGGUGGGGCGGAUCUCGGUGGUCUGAUGAAGGCGCCGUUGCUUUCGUUACUCCUGCCCAGGACGCCGCAGAAUGCGAUAUUGAGACUGGCUACGUCCUUGUAGGAGCUUGUCAAAGUUUCAAUGACAAAUCAGUGACUGGGCGACAUGAUGCUCUCCGGCCUUAGCUGGUUGCUUCUGCUUAUAGUGUAUCUUCCAAUUGAAAGUGACGAGUUUUGGCA